CUUCGUAUUAAGCCUCUGUGCUGCUUCUACCAAAUGAAUCACCUUCUUCUUCUUUUUCGCCACCCUCUUCUACCUUUGUCUGUUGCCGCCGCCAAGUUAUCAUUACAACCCUUUUCCCAAACCUAUUACUCAUACACACGGAGAGGAAUGAAUUCUGAAAUUUUUCAUGGAGCCUCUUCACCUCUCACAACCGCUACAUUUUGCAUUACCAACAAAGACUUGUCAGCUAAGAAGUGUGUACCCUGCAAUACAAAGGACUUGCAGCCCAUGACCCAGGAUGAAGCACGCACUCUGCUUCCACAGGUUGCCGAUUGGGAUUUGGUAAACGAGGAUGGUGUAUUGAAAUUGAGGAGAUCAUGGAAAGUGAAGACUUUUACCAAAGGAUUGGAAUUUUUCAGGAUAAUAGGUGAUCUUGCUGAAGCUGAAGGUCAUCAUCCUGAUCUUCAUCUUGUUGGCUGGAAUAAUGUUACCAUAGAGAUUUGGACACAUUCUGUGGGUGGGCUGACCCAGAAUGAUUUUAUUCUCGCUGCUAAGAUGAAUGGACUUAAUUUGCAUGGCUUGCUUAGACGGAAGGCUUCCGACUGAGUUAUAAAAAGAAAUCCAAAAGAUUUUGCUUUUCUUUAAAACUAGGCCAUGGGCUAUCCUUCUAAUAAUUUGCUGCUACAUCAUCUGAGAUGUCAAUAACAUCGAAGUUUAGCUCGAAAUGUACAUGAUUGUAGUUGUCAAAGAGAACCAUAAAUUAGAAUGGUUAAGAGAAAGAACCAAAAUAAGGUAGACCAAGCUUCUCUUUGGCAUGAACUCAUAAAUCAAGAGUUUCACUUUUUGCUGAAUGUCACUGCCAAAUGUCUUACAAGACUUGUACUGAGGCUUCUUUGUUUUUAAACAGAACUUCAGUUUUGAUCUCCUGAGACUGUUGCUCAGUUCAUGGAAAGCCUCUUUACAACUCUCUUUGUCCCAUUGGCAUGUACAUCCUGAUAAGAAAUUAUUAGAACUACGUAAAAUGUGAACGACAAUGUAUGUGUAACAUAAUCAUGCCAAUUGUGCUUGUGUGCAAAGCCAACUCUAGUUUGUUGUGUCUUGCAAAGCCGUUCGUGCAAUAGCAUAUGCUUGAUGAAUCAAAUGUUGCAAUGUCAGUGUCUUCCGUC